CUGCCAGCCCUCGAGCACAUCGAGCACAUCGAACAGAAUCAGAAUACUUGGCCGAAAUGCGCGCUCCACUCAUCCAAAUCCUUCUUUUUAGUCUGCUGAACUCCGGCUCCAUUAUGGCCGGUCUGGUGAAGAGCGACACGGAUGACUUCAUCGACUGGUGGCCGCACACGGUCUUCUAUCAGAUCUACCCGAGGUCCUUCAAGGACAGCAACGGCGACGGCAUCGGCGAUCUGAAGGGCAUCACCUCGAAGUUGCACUACCUGGCGGACACGGGCAUCACGGCCACCUGGUUGAGUCCCAUUUUUCUGUCGCCCAUGGUUGACUUCGGCUAUGAUAUCUCCGAUUACAAGGCAAUCCAGCCGGAGUAUGGCACCAUGCAGGAUUUCGAGGAGCUCAUCGACACGGCCUUCGAGCUGGGCAUCAAGGUUGUACUAGACUUUGUGCCGAACCACAGCUCGGAUCAGCAUGAGUGGUUCAAGAAGUCGGCGGCCAGGGAGCCGGGCUACGAGGAUUUCUAUGUGUGGCACGAUGGCAUCCUCCAGGAGAAUGGCACGCGAGUGCCACCCAACAACUGGCCAUCGGUCUUCUACGGAUCCGCCUGGGAGUGGCACGAAGGUCGUGGGCAGUAUUACCUUCACCAGUUCACCAAGGAGCAGCCGGACUUGAACUAUCGGAAUCCCAAAGUGGUUCAGGCCAUGGAUGAUGUGUUGCUCUUCUGGCUGAAAAAGGGCGUGGCUGGUUUCCGCAUCGAUGCAGUGAAUCAUUUGUUCGAGGAUGAAUCUCUCAAGGAUGAGCCAUGGAGUGGCAAAACAGCGGACUCACUCUCCUAUGAUUACACCAAGCACAUCUACUCCAGGGAUCUGCCGGAAGUGCUGGAGAUGAUUCAUCACUGGAGGCAGCUGCUGGAAGAGUUUAGUGCCAAGCACCCCGAAAGACCCACACGCAUCAUGAUGACGGAGGCGUACGCAGGACUCACCCAGCUGGCGGACUACUACGAGGAUUCCAACGGGGUCCGGGGCUCCCAUCUGCCCUUCAACUUUCACUUUAUCACGGAUGUCAAAGGCGACUCGGAUGCGCGUGACUAUGUCUACAACGUGGAGAAGUGGCUGAUCUACAUGCCGCGCGGGCACGCGGCCAACUGGGUCAUGGGCAACCACGACAACCCCCGGGUCGCCUCUCGAUUCGGUCCAGCCAGCGUGGACGCCAUGAACAUGCUGCUGCUCACCCUUCCCGGUGUCGCCGUCACUUACAAUGGUGAGGAACUCGGCAUGGUGGACUACCGCGAACUGAGCUGGGCGGACACGGUGGAUCCACCGGCCAGAAACGUUGGCGAGGAGCUCUACAAGGAGGUGUCCCGGGAUCCGGUGCGCACACCGUUCCAGUGGAGCAGCGAGAAAAAUGCCGGUUUUUCCACGGCCACUAAAACCUGGCUGCCUGUGCAUCCGAACUACCUGCAACUCAACCUGGAGGCCCAGAAGGUGGCCAACAGAAGCCACUACCAGGUCUACAAGGACCUCCUUGAGCUGCGCAAAUCGGCCAUUAUGCGUGCGGGUCGCUUCAACAUUGAACCCCUUUCCCGUUGGGUGUUUGCCUUUAAGCGGAGCUAUCCCAGUUUUGAGUCUAUCAUUACCGUGAUUAAUGUAAGCGACGAGGAGCAGUUGGUGGAUCUCUCGGAGUUUCUCAGCCAGCCCAAGAAACUGGUGGUUGAAGUUUCCGGAGUGGACUCCAAAUAUCAACCUGGCGACAUCAUUAAUUUGGCCGAGAACUUUGGAUUUAAUCUGCCCCCUGGAGGCGGAAUUGUUUUAAGAGAGCGCAGCUUGACAAUAAUGAGCCAACAACGUCGCAACUUGGUCAAGCAGCUCAUCAAGUCGGCCAAUGUGGUUUUGGUCGCACUGUUGGUCUACAACUUGUGGCGUCACAAAUGGACCAAAGUGAAUUUCAAUCAGCAGCAGCAGCAGCAACGGCAUCAGCAUCGGUUUUGAUUGAUUUUAGCUAUUCCCCAGGCAAUUGCUGUGUGUGUGUGUGCUCGCUGAUUGAUUGAUUGAUUGAUUAAUUAAUGAAUCGAACAUCAGCUUAAAUGUCAUUAACAGUUGGCCAGGAUUAACGACUCCUGAAUGUGGCCGAUGGGAUUUGCAAAUUUAAUUUCCUCUAACAGUGGAUCUGUCAAGUGGCGAGAAAAGUUCGGGGUUUCCCCCGUGCGGUGAUAGAUGGGUAUUUCCUUUUGAGUGGAAUAUAAUGUGCAACUGAUUUCCACGUGACUGGCUUUAUUCU